AUGUUUGCUCACAAGAAACACUUCACCAAUGCCAUCGUUGGGGCGCUGGUCGCACUCUCCAUCAUUGCCCUUGUUCUCAGCCUGGUGAAUAUUGAAGAUGUCACCCUGCCACCCACGGUCAAGUAUGGGAUGGUGUUUGAUGCAGGCUCGUCUCACACCUCUCUGUUUGUCUACGAGUGGGAUUCAGACAAGGAGAACGACACCGGUGUGGCCAGCCAGACCUUGUCCUGUGAGGUCCAGGGGCAAGGCAUAUCAAGCUAUGCCAACGAUCCCCCAAAAGCCGGUGAUUCCCUAAGGGAGUGCCUGGAUAAAGCCCUGAAGGUUGUUCCUGCUGCAAAACAGAGGGAUGUCCCAGCUUAUCUUGGAGCAACAGCAGGCAUGAGGCUACUGAGGGAACAGAACAGCUCAGUGGCAGAUCAAGUCCUGGCUGAAGUUGCUAAAACCAUGCGAGAGUACCCCGUGGCUUUCAAAGGAGCUCAAAUCCUUACAGGAGAGGAGGAAGGGGCUUAUGGCUGGAUCACCAUCAACUACCUGCUGGACUCCUUCACUAAGUACUCCCCCAAAGCACACACAUGGGUUCGUCCAGAGGCGGCCAACAUUUUGGGGGCGCUGGACCUUGGAGGAGCAUCCACUCAAAUCAGCUUUAUGCCCAGAGAUUCAGUGAUAAACUGGAAUGACGCCUCCAAGUUCACGCUGUAUGGGUAUAACUACAACAUCUACACACACAGCUACCUCUGCUAUGGGCAGAACGAGAUGCUGAAGCGACUGGCAAAGGAAUUAAUUGUGGAGUCAUUCUCCAGCACGCGAAUUGAUCACCCUUGCUACCCAAAAGACUACAACGAAACCAUCUCGCUGUCUUCCUUCCGCACCAGCCCCUGCACGAACCAGAGCGACCCGCGCCUGAUCCAUGGCGACAGGAACGUGACCCUGGAGGGCAGGGGCAAUGCCAGUGAGUGCCUGGCUGCCGUCAAGAGGCUGUUCAACUUCUCGGCAUGCGGCCAGAGCCAGGACUGCACCUUCGACGGUGUCUACCAGCCCCCCGUCAGCGGGCAAUUCAUUGCCUUCUCUGCCUUUUACUAUAACUUCAAGUUUCUCAACCUGACCGAGGGACAGUCGCUGGCCACUGUCAGGGAGACCAUCAAGCAUUUCUGCACAAGAAGCUGGGAAGAUCUGUCUUCUAGCUACCCUGAAGAGAAUCCCGAGCGACUGCCUAAAUACUGCGCCAACGCCAACUACAUCCUCACACUCCUCCUCGACGCCUACAAGUUCAAUGAGACCAGCUGGAACAACAUCUUCUUCCAGCUGAAGGCGGGGAGAGCUGACAUCGGCUGGACGCUGGGCUACAUGCUGAACCUCACCAACAUGAUCCCGGCGGAGGCUCCAGUGCGGAUGAAGGGGCAUGUUCCUUCCGUGUGGGCUGCGGCCGUCACUUUCAUCGUCCUCACCCUUGCCUUGGGACUUGCUGCCCUGCUCCUGCUCUUGUGGGUGUAGGAGCCUGGCUGCGUUUCAGAGCCCGGCAGGAGCAUGUCAGGGCUGGAGGGCUGUCUGCACUGUGGUGCCCUGCACUUCUGCCUGCAGGACUGGCAGCCUGAGGCUGGUUCAAUGAUGCUGAGCACAUUAACCUCUACAGCACUGAAGAACCGAGGGCUGGUCUCCCACGGGACUGCCCCCAACAUGCAGCUAGGCACCACGUAAAGUUUCCAGAGGAGCUCCACUCCUGUGGAGACCUGCUGGGAUCAGCCUACGCCCCACAGAAACCCCAGCCAUGCAUAUCUGCCUCCUUACACUGCUAUGUCUGUUACAGAUAUGGUCUCUGUCCCACCGGCUGGCUCGUGGGCCUGUGGAGAGCCAGCCCGGCCGUGGAGGAGCUCCCCAGUGCCGGACUGUUAGUGCACGGCUGCAGGCACUUGGUGACAGGGUGCUUUGUGCAAUGCUGGGUCUGACCACAGUCGCCAACGGCCACUGCCGGGUCUGCCAGUGUGAGGGCAUGCAAGGCUCUGCAGUACCCCAGCUGGCUCUCCUGAGGGUGUAUUGUUUGGGCUUAUGUGAUGGUCUUGCAGACAGAAAGCAAAUUGAGCAUCCAAAAUCAGAAGCAUGGUCCAUGCCUCCCCAGAGGGUCCAUCUCAUCUCAUCUUCCUUUUCUUCUGGGAUAAAGGGAUUGAUGUUCCUGAGUGUCUUCUGGCAGACCAGACUGUCCCACCAGCAGAAGGCCUGGACACCGUGGGUGUCAGGCUGAGACUCCAGCAGGCUGCGAGUCCUGCCCUGACCCUGCACAUGUGGCUGAGCUGGGUCUUGCCCAUGACUGCACCUUUGUCUUGCCUUUGGUUCUGCCCAUUUGUUAUCUGCCCUGUGGAUGAUUCAUCUUGUUAUUUGGCCCCUGGCAGCAAGAAGCUGACCUUUGGUGUCUCUGCAGAAAGGUGGGCAUCUCACAGCUCUUGUCAUCCAAAUAAACAUUGUAAAAGGCAGUGAAUGGGGAAAUACCUGUUACUUUGCUCCUGAACAGUUACGAUUUUAUUGUUUCUGUCUCCCAGGUAAGGGCUGGUGACGACAGGGACUCAGGGGAGACUCAACAUUGCUCAGUGCUACAGAUGGCCCUGGAGACCAUGCAAUGUCUGCCAGGCCUGGGAGAGGAGCCAGCAGGGCACGAGGACAGGCCUUUUCCUUCUGAGAGCUGGGCUGUCCUCACCUCACCCAUCCACUGGCCACCAGUGGCACUCCCCCAAAAUGUAAGGGGGGGCCUGGGAGCUGCCCCUGAGAUGUCCCAGCAGCGUUCCCAAAUCGCCCUGUGUGCUGGAAAGGGAGGGCGAGAUGUCUGCCAGGCACAGGCACAGGGUGCAGCUGGACCAGAGAGGAACCUCGCACGGGAGAGCAGGGGACUGCUGCCAUCCCCCACUUCAAUGGGCUUCCCAGUCCUGGGCAGAAUCCGAGUCCCAUCUACCAGGCCAGCUUCCCCCCACAGCCCCA